AUGGCGGACCCCACCGAUCUGAAUCUCGAUGCGCCGAGUGAUCUUCAAGAUAUCCCGGACAUGUCCAUGCAAUUACUGCCUCCUCCCGAAGGCACCUUUCCUGAUAAAGCAUCUCUUCUCGCGGCAGUCCAAGCGCAUGGAAAGGCGCAUGGCUAUAACGUAGUCGUCAAGUCAUCCAGUACGCCAACGGAAAAGAAACCCGGCCGCACCGCCAAAGUAUGGUUGCGAUGCGAUCGCGGCGGACACUAUCGUCCGCGCAACGGCCUCACCGAGGAGACCAGAAAACGGCGACGAACGUCCCGUCUUAUGGACUGUCCAUUCAUGUUAGUCGCCGCUGGCACACCCGGUAUCUGGACCUUGACCGUCCUGAACCCGACACAUAACCACGGGCCGAUUGUCGAGAAGCCGCGGCAGGUCCCUCACCACAAGGUUCGGAAGGGUCAAAUCGCCGCCAUUCCAUACGACUGGCCGCACGAUGCCACGCUCACUCCAUACACCACCGCCCUGGUCAUCAUCGACAUGCAAAAAGAUUAUCUAUCGACUCUCUCCACACGGGAAGCCUAUCGCUCCCGAAAUAAUGCUUCUGGUCUUGGAAUCGGGUCGCAGGGCCCUCUGGGCCGACUUUUGAUCCGCGGCGAGCCCGGCCACGACACCGUUGAUGAGCUGUACCCUGUGCCGGGAGAACCAGUGAUCGACAAGCCAGGGCGUGGCGCAUUCGCCCACACCGACUUUGAGCUUCUCCUGCGCAACAAGGGCAUCAAGAACCUCGUCAUCGCGGGCGUGACGACGGACGUGUGCGUGUCGACGACGGUGCGCGAAGCCAACGACCGCGGGUUCGACUGUGUCGUGCUGGAGGACGGCACGGCGGCCAGCGAGCCGUCCCUGCAUCUGAGCACGAUUGAGUCGAUCAAGAUGGAAGGCGGGAUCUUUGGGGCCGUCGCCAAAUUGGAGGACGUCGUGCAUGCAGUGGAGAACUUCAAGGCCGUCACUGUGAAGAAGCUGGCUCCGCAGAUGGUGGGCUGA